AGCGAAGGUGCGGCAGGAUUUUCUGAUGGACAGCGGAGUUCAUCGUUCCGCAACGAGUCGCCCGGGUCCUUCGGGAGAAAAGCAGCCCCACGAUGUCGUUUUUAUCGGAGGCUCUGCUGUUUUUACGCCGGGCGUGAUGAUCUUUCAAAUAAGUCCAGAGAAUAAUUCUGGGGCCAUCAAAAUGGUUGCGCACGGCUUUCGCCGUUCGAUCGAUGUGCCGCGACCGGACGGGCCGGUUCGGGUCAAAGCGGAUAACGCCGGCAACUUGUGCCUCGGCUUCCUACGAGUUGAGCGGCGCCGCCUCCUCGUCCGGCUCCCGUCUUUGCCUUUCUUAAAAGCGAGAAAUCGGCCACGCCCGCCGUCGAUUAAUAGUCAAUGAUGAAAAUAAUCGAAAGAUUAUUAACACGUCCGGGUCGUGCCGGGCUGUGCUGCUACUGCACCUCUGCUUACCUUCUGACUCCAACCGGUCUAGGAAUUUAGUACGAGUGGCGCAAAAGUUGGCCGUGCGCGUGAACGGCGUUUGUUUUGCGUGGCCAAAUCCUUCCUUGGUUGUCACGGCAGCAAGAAUUUGUCGGCGGGUGUGGCCCGAAUUCGCAAACAGGGCGAGGCGCGUCGACACACGACCGGACUCGCCGGCGUUGCGCUCGACAGUUAUCGACCGCUCGAUCGCAGAAGAAUAAGAUGAACCUGUCAGACGCGCUCGGCGAUUGGCCGUCCCAAGGGGGCGGUGGCCAACCGACGGGAAACGGCGCUCGGCCGCAGCAGACCGAUCAGCCCAACCGGCCCCCGUGGCCUGGUGCGUCCAACCAGCCCAACCAGCCCCCGUGGCCUGGUGCCUCCAACCAGCCCAACCAGCCCCCGUGGCCUGGUGCCUCCAACCAGCCCAACCAGCCCAACCAGCCCCCGUGGCCUGGUGCGUCCAACCAGCCCAACCAGCCCCCGUGGCCUGGUGCCUCCAACCAACCCGGCCGUCCCCCGUGGCCUGGGGCACCCACCGACCCCACCCGGAACGGACAACAGGUCGCGGGCGGGGCCGGCAGCGGGGGAGGAGGGUGGUGGCCCGGACAGCCGCCGGCUGCCGGCGGAGGCCCGGGCUCCUCCAAAGGGACCGGAGACUGGCCCGCCCCGUCGCCCGGAACAGCGGCCGACUCUUCGGUUUCUCUGUCGGUGCCGUUCAGCCAAAAGAUUCCCGACGGCUUGAGAACGGGGAGCGUUAUCAACAUCAAAGGAACCAUCAAACCCAACGCUAACAAGGUGACGGUGGACCUGUGUACCGCUCGCGAGCUGGCGUUCCACUUCAACCCUCGCUUCAACGAGAACGGCAAGAAGGCGAUCGUGCGAAACAGCAGGAUCGGCGGCCGUUGGGGCAACGAGGAGCGGAACCUGCCGCGCUUCCCCUUUGCGGCCGGACAGCCGUUCGAGCUGAGAAUCGAGUGCGCCUCCGACAUGUUCAAGGUCUUCGUUCAAGGCUCGCACCUGCUGGACUUCCGUCACCGCUUGCCGAACGUCGGCCAGAUCCAAAAGGUGGACAUCUAUAACGACGUCACGCUGUCAAACGUUAGCGUUCAGUGACGUCCGAGCGCUCGCCUCGCCACCUCCGAACUCGGGACGUCGGCGCUUCCAAUAAUAAAGUCAAUCUUUGACCCCCGGGACGGCGUUUCUCUGCUUGUUUGUCACCCGAGAGUAGGACACAAGGAAAGAAAGGACGUGGCGGGCGUGCAAUCGGUCAACCGUCCUGUGUCUUCAGCCGGGCCAGCUGAUGUGUUCGGUGACAGCCGCUGAAGUUAUCUCCUUUUAAUCUUCUUUCUCUCGUGGCACCGUUGCAACAAGCCUCAUUUACAUGGAAGAAUAAGCGACGUGAAUAAUAAAAUGGGCACUUUGUGACGUAAGUUCCACAAGGGGGCGCUGCCCGCGACGAUUUAAAUCCCACACGACCCUUCGGUCCAGCGGCUUGGCUGGCCUCUUCUUGGGCAUAGACGAUCUUUGAUUAUUUGAAGACGUCACGACGCGGAAGAAAAACCAACUGGCCUCAUCUGCGCACAUUUAAUACCUUCGCAAGAUAAUAAUAAUAAUAAUAAUGUAACGGCGGCGACGUGCGCAACCCGGAGGUCAGUCUCGCUGUCGUCGGCGUUUCGGGUGAGCAGUCACACUCUGAUCAGGUUGCUUCCCGCUGGCGAGGCCGCGCUGAAACAUGUGACGACCCGCCUUCCUGCGCCGUCAGCCAUUUUGGAGGUAAAGCAGCUCUCUUGGUCGUCAGCUUUCAAGUUCCAGGUGUGCACUUCCCGUGUUCAGGGCCACCAUG